GAAUUUUGUUCAACUCUCCCUGGACCACUUCCGGUUGCCGGCCCGCGCCUCGUAACUUCGGUCCGGGUGACCUCGGCCCGGGAUGCCCCUCGGCUCGCCCCAGGCUCACGUCCCGAUCCCGGCUUGAGUGGUCCGGGUGGGGGACCUGGAAGUUUUAGCCUCGCUGCUCUCGAGGCGGAUUAAUUAGCCCAAGAAACAUUAUAUUCAUGCUUAGGUGGAGAAAAGCAGGGCUAGAAUUGGAACCCAAAGCCCAGAAUGGCAGGAGAGGAUGUGGGGGCUCCACCCGAUCACCUCUGGGUUCACCAAGAGGGCAUCUACCGCGACGAAUACCAACGCACGUGGGUGGCCGUCGUGGAAGAGGAGACGAGUUUCCUAAGGGCAAGAGUCCAGCAAGUUCAGGUUCCCUUAGGUGACGCAGCUAGACCAAGUCACCUUCUUACCUCCCAGCUACCUCUCAUGUGGCAACUCUACCCAGAGGAGCGCUACAUGGAUAACAACUCUCGCUUGUGGCAGAUCCAGCAUCAUUUAAUGGUCAGGGGCGUACAGGAGCUGUUGCUUAAGCUUUUGCCUGAUGAUUAACCUGGUGCUGGGAUUCUAGGAAGAUAUGCUCCUCUGUUCUGUUCAGUAUAUGGCAAUCACUUUAUCCGCCACUGCAGUGCACCCACCUGUGGGUCUGGAGGGAGGGAGUGGGUUGAAAAACUGCUCAAGAACACAGAAGUUUAGGAAGGGUCAUGAAGAACACCACAAGUGGAACUGCAGAGAGAGGG